AUGUGGAGAAACUUGGCUAAACAAGUUGCUUCGAGAAAGACCAAUCUCUCCUCCCAAUCUCAUUUUAGUUCCCCUUCUUCUACUUCUAUGAUAUUUUCUCAAGAAUCGAGCUUUCUCGAGAAGGCCAGGCAUUUCGAGGCUCGGAAAUGCAUAAAUAAUCGGAUUUUGGCAAUGGGUUUUCGUCAAGUUGGUGAUAUGGCUUCUCAAAAGGACGAAUUGGGCAGAUGCAGUUCACUGAAUCCAAGUUGCCCUUAUGGCAUUUCUGGGUUUUGCAACUACGCCAAAGGCUAUGCCAGCGUUGCCGAGGCCAUUGCUUCGACGGAUGGCGAGGAGGACUCGUCGGGGUCUGAAGAAAUUCAGGAAAUGUUGGAGGAUUUGAUCAGAGAAAACAACAUGGUGGAGUCCCAUUUCAAGCAGCCAAAGAGAGUGGUGGUUGGUAUGGGAGUAGGAAAGUACAAUCUUCUUCGGAAGAGGCAAAUAAAACUGGAGACGGAGGCUUGGCAAGAGGCGGCCAAAGAGUACCAAGAGCUUUUAGCGGACAUGUGUGAGCAGAAGCUAGCACCCAAUUUGCCAUACAUCAAGUCAUUGUUUCUUGGUUGGUUUGAGCCUUUACGAGAUGCCAUUGCGGCGGACCAAGAUUCCUGCAAGCAACCUAACAGUAGACAGAGUCAUGCUCCCUACUUUGAUCACUUACCCGCCGAUAAGAUGGCGGUUAUUACAAUGCAUAAGUUGAUGGGGCUAUUGAUGACAAAUAAUGGUGGAGUAGGCAGUGUCAGGGUAGUCCAAGCUGCUUGUGCGAUAGGUGAAGCCAUUGAGCAUGAGGUUAGGAUACACAGAUUUUUGGAGAAGACAAAGAAGAAGAAGAACACUACUGAUAAGAAGGCUGAAGCUGAUUCUGUUCCUGUGACCGAUGAACAAGAGAAACUGGCCGAUGAACAAGGGAAACUGGCCGAUGAACAAGAGAAACUUAGGAAAAAGGUUAACAAACUAAUAAAAAGGCAGAAAAUGCAGCAAGUUAGAGGAAUUGUGAAAGAACAAGAAGACUUGAAGCCAUGGGGUCAGGAAGCCCAUGUUAAGGUUGGCUGUCGAUUGAUUCAGUUAUUGAUGGACACGGCUUAUAUACAACCUCCAGUUGAUCAAAUAGGAGAUGGUCCACCUGAUAUACGCCCUGCAUUUGUACAUAACCUUAAGACUAUUACUAAAGACACACAGAAGACCAGUAGGAGAUAUGGCGUUAUAGAGUGCGACCCAUUAGUUCGCAAAGGCAUGGACAAAACUGCAAGGCACAUGGUCAUGCCUUAUAUGCCUAUGUUGGUUCCCCCUAUUAAUUGGACCGGGUAUGACAGAGGAGCAUAUUUAUUCUUACCGUCCUAUGUAAUGCGAACUCAUGGAGCGAAACAACAACGCGAAGUUGUUAAAAGGACUCCUAGAAAGCAAUUAGAACCUGUUUUUGAGGCCCUGGAUACUCUUGGAAGUACCAAAUGGAGGGUAAACAAAAGGGUACUUGGUGUGAUAGACAGGAUAUGGGCUAGCGGAGGCCGUCUUGCUGACUUGGUUGACCGUGAAGAUGUUCCUUUACCUGAAGAACCAGACACAGAAGAUGAGGCAGAAAUCAGAAAAUGGAAGUGGAAACUUAAAGCUGCAAAGAAGGAGAAUAGUGAGAGGCACUCACAGCGGUGUGAUAUAGAACUUAAACUUGCUGCAUCUCGAAAGAUGAAGGAUGAGGAGGGCUUCUACUACCCGCACAACCUCGAUUUCCGAGGUCGUGCUUACCCCAUGCACCCAUAUUUAAACCAUCUUGGUUCCGAUAUGUGCCGAGGCAUCUUGGAGUUUUCAGAGGGACGGCAUCUUGGAAAGUCAGGCUUACGCUGGUUGAAGAUACAUUUGGCUAAUUUAUAUGCUGGGGGCGUAGACAAACUCUCCUUUGAUGAUCGAGCAGCAUUUACUGAGAAUCACGUAGAUGACAUUUUUGAUUCCGCAGACAGACCUCUUGAAGGAAGGCGCUGGUGGUUGGGUGCAGAGGAUCCUUUCCAGUGCUUGGCAGCAUGCAUUAAUCUCUGUGAAGCAUUGAGAAGCCCCUCUCCAGAGACUACCAUUUCAUAUAUGCCUGUCCACCAGGAUGGCUCAUGUAAUGGUUUACAACACUAUGCAGCCCUUGGAAGGGACAAGCUUGGAGCUGCUGCUGUAAAUCUUGUGGGGGGAGAUAAACCUGCAGAUGUUUACUCAGGAAUUGCUGCCAGAGUACUUGAUAUAAUGCGCAAUGAUGCAGAAAAAGAUCCUGCCACUAAUCCGAAUGCAUUGCAUGCUAGGCUUUUAAUUAAUCAGGUGGAUCGUAAAUUGGUGAAGCAGACAGUUAUGACGUCUGUAUAUGGUGUUACUUAUGUUGGUGCACGCGAACAAAUUAAGAGGAGAUUAAAGGAGCGUGGUUCCAUAGCUGAUGACACGGCACUGUUUGCCGCAGCUUGCUAUGCUGCAAGGACCACCUUGACUGCCUUAGGAGAGAUGUUUGAAGCUGCAAGAAGUAUUAUGAGUUGGCUUGGUGAAUGUGCAAAGGUGAUAGCUUCAGAGAAUCAACCAGUUCGGUGGAUCACUCCCCUUGGACUUCCUGUUGUACAACCGUACCGGCAAUUAGGACGGCAUCUUAUUAAGACUUCCCUUCAGGUGUUGACAUUACAAAGAGAAACUGACAAGGUCAUGGUUAAACGGCAGAGGACAGCCUUUCCCCCGAAUUUUGUUCACUCCCUUGAUGGUUCCCACAUGAUGAUGACUGCUGUUGCCUGCAAAAAGGCUGGCUUAAACUUUGCAGGAGUGCAUGAUUCAUAUUGGACGCAUGCAUGUGAUAUUGACGAAAUGAAUAGGAUACUAAGGGAGAAGUUUGUUGAACUCUACGAGGCACCGAUACUGGAGAAUUUGUUGGAAGGCUUUCAACGGUCUUUCCCCACCUUGACCUUUCCCCCCUUACCAGAUCGCGGAGACUUCGAUCUCAGAGAUGUUCUUGAAUCUCCCUAUUUCUUCAACUAG